AUGAAGGCGCCUUCUCCCCCACAGUCAACCCUGGAUCUUCUAGAAGCUUUGUCUAUACAACCUGAUAGACCUGCAACGCCUCCGACGUCCCUGAGACUCGAGAGGCGAGUUUCACCCCAUAGCCAAGUACGGACGACGCCUAGUGUUGGACGUUCGGAUGACGUGUCAGAAAAUGUCCAGCAGCUAAUCCGCGAGACUGACAAGGCUUUUGAAGAAGUUGGCCUGGCACUCACUGCGCCCAUAUUCUCGCCCAGGCAGAGUUCCGACCAGGAAAUAGUCGUCAGUCCAACUUUCACGCAACCACGAACGCCGCCGCCGACAGCAGGAAGGACCAGCUCGUCCCCCAAGCUGCACCCUAGAGGAGGUCCAGUCGUUCUAAGUGCUCCUAGACGCAAGUCAUCGGUCUCGAAACCAAAGAGGAAAGGAUCGAAGAAGCAGAAGUCCCGGUUGGAAGUUCCGAAAGCCAAGGCAACAGCCAGCAAGCAUACUGCGAGGUGGACUCUGGCUGAAAACGUGUCCGAUCUUUUGAACGUGCGGCUGUUCAAUCGGCUCGAAGUGGACGAGAUCCGCACGCCGGAACAGCUGCAGGCUAUCACGCAGAAGAGAAAUUCUCAGGCCUUGUCAGACAAGGCUCGGCUCUCGAGCGAGACGGCUCGGACGGCCGAGACGACUCAAACGCUCGAGACAGACGGAAGCGAAACGCCGAUUGAGCCGUUUCAUCUACAGGACUUGCCACAACGGAUCGGAGCUGCCGGCGUGAGGCUGAGCGGUCUUGGACCAGUCGCUGAGAGGUCAACUGCGAGCCUAUCUGAGUACAGGCCUGAACCUCCGAAACGGGAGGCACCACCUGUGCCCCCUAUCAAGCAGGACACGCAUUGUAUCCUACCUGAAGAGAACAUGAAGCUCAAGGACAUUCCUUUCCUCGCUCCACCCGCCAAGAAUCCCCUCCGCCUCCUCUCCCGGCACAAAAAUCCUGCGGAUCUCUCUCCCAUCCCGGAACUCAAGGUCACCGCCCCGGAAGGCAAAACUAAACCAGCAUCCAUACCAGUCACCGCCGCCCCGUCGGCCAACUCUUCCUCCACAUCACGCACCAACCCGCCUGUUACUGUCGCCAAGGAAACAGAAGAAUUUCUCUUCCUCGGCGCCACUCCUUUCUCCCUCACCCGACCCGACUACCGUCACGGGCCGAUCCGGCUGGCCAAAUCCGACAUUGCCGCACUGCUCGAUGCCUCGGCCGUCGAGGACGUGCUCGCCAUGUCCAACGGCGAGACCCUGGACUGGACCGCCUUCCAGGUCGCCAUCGGAGGCGUCGACUUUACCAACUCGGACCCCGAGGACGACGAGGUCGCCGAGGACGUGGCCGCCUGGUUCCACUCCCUCGGCUUCGCGCACGCGGGACGCCUGGAGACGUCGCCGCCACCCCCGACACCGCCGCCGACGUACGACGGCUCGCCCACCUCGCAGUACAGCCAGGGAGGAUCGCCGCCCCCUUCUUCAUCGAGCCCGUCGUCGUCGUCGUCGUCAUCCUCCUCUACCUCGGCCGCAGCCUCUCCGCAGGAGAUGCAGGAGCGGCGCCGGGAGGAGAACCUGCCCAUCCCCGUGGACCUCGAGGUCGAGCUCCCCUCGCUGUCGCCGGGCAACAACUCGUGGUCGCCGGGCGACGACGAGCUGCUGAGCGUCGAGCCGGAGCGGUUCUACCGCACCACCGGGUCCGGCGCGGCCGGCAUCAAGCACUGGGUGCUGCCGGGGCACCACGACCGGUCCAAGCCGUACUUGAGCCAGCGGCAGCAGCGCGGGGGCGACAGCGGUGCCAGCCCCGCGGGGAGCGAGGACAGCCUGCCCAUGAGCCCCAUGCAGGAUCUGGUCAUGAUCCACGGCUCCGAGGGAGGGAGCCGCAACUCGAGGGGGAGGGGCACCGUCGGGGAAGGGUACGUGGUGCCCAUGGGGUACAACCUCGGCCACGACCUCGGCGACUUCCUGCAGUGGGAGGCCCGGUAUAUGCAUACUUCGUGA